AGACCUGCGGCGGAUGACAGCGGGCUUCAUGGGCAUGGCGGUAGCCAUCAUUCUGUUUGGCUGGGUGAUAGGUGUUCUGGGAUGCUGCUGGGAUAGGGGACUGAUGCAGUACGUGGCUGGACUGCUGUUCCUCAUGGGAGGCACCUUCUGUAUAAUCUCUCUCUGUACCUGCGUGGCGGGGAUCAACUUUGAGCUCUCCCGUUACCCGCGCUACCUCUACGGCCUGCCGGAUGACAUCGGCCAUGGCUACGGCUGGUCUAUGUUCUGUGCCUGGGGAGGUCUGGGGCUCACCCUCAUCGCUGGCUUCUUCUGCACCCUGGCUCCCUCCGUCCAGCCCCUCCCUCGAUCCACCUGCCCCAAGUCGAGGCAGGAGAACGGAACGGUCUGCUAGAGGGACCAGGAUGGAGGAUGGAGGACUGGAGGUCCACUGGAGCCGGUCCGCAGCGCUAGCUAGAUAGCUAACUACACCUUUAACUACACAGGACAGCCAGAAGAAAGAGAAGAUCGAGAAUCUAACAAACAAAAUCUAACAAGCAAAUGAGUUGACAAAUCCAUGCAUUCAUUUUUUUUUUAUAAUCAUCGACUAUCAGUCUUUUCCUGGCCACUUAAAGACAAUGUGUUGUUUGUUGUUUGUUUAAAUUGUGUGAGUGUGUAUAAACAUGAUCUGGUUUCUUGAAAAACAACAGAAAAAAAACCCAACAACAACAAACUGACAGAGAAAUAUAAUCAACGAUCUGAAGUUGUGCUGGUGGAUUUGUAGUCGGGGAGCGGAUGUUGUGAUGCUCGAAAUGGAUGUACCAUGAAACGGCCUUCUCGUCUGGGGAACGAGAGGAACUUUUCAUUAAUGAACGAUGACAGACGGAUGGACAACAAGGGUUGGGAGUUACAGCAACGGGGGGACAUAUCGGACACUUGGAGAGAAAUGCACCUUUCAGCAGGACAGUGUCCUCUGCCAUCUCAGUGUUUCGGGAUACUCUGUGUUUUCAAACAGACAGACAGUGGAACAUGAUGUCUGAACCUCAGUGGAACUCAUGGUGACUGGCCCCUAAACCCAUCGACAACAAGGGGAAUAACUGCAACUCUACUGUCACUGAGGGGCGGUGGGGGGCUGCUGAUGGGAGGACGGCUCAUAGUAAUGUCUGGAAUGGAGCAAACGGAAUGGCAUCACCAUGGAAACCAUGCGUUUGAUGAUGGUAUUUCAUACCAUUCCACUUAAUUCCGCUCCAGACGUUACCACCAAGCCCCGUCCUUCCCGAUUAAGGUGCCACAGUCCCCCCUGUGCCGAGGGAUUAAUCACCACCAACUGAGAGGGGUCAAAGGUUGGAGUAUUAUGAAUAGCACAUCCUGUUCUAAAAAGACACCUCGGCUUACUGGAGACUUCCAAUGGGAUUUACCCAGAACAAUCAAUUCAAUCAAUGAAUUUGAAAUCGAUUCGAUUUGUCUGAAAGAUACAAGAUUUUUGGGGGGGGGAGUUGAAAACGGACAUCUGACUUGUGGCUGUGGUUUGGUUGAACUCUCAGUGUGUUUCCUCAGAUCUACUCUGAGUCACUGGACCAGCUGAGGGACAUCACAACACAGGAUACCGGCUCUCUACAGUAGCUCUACAAAACUACAGAAUAUUCCAGAACUACAGAAUAAUCAUUCCAGAGAAAUUACAGCCAGGAAAUUCCACGUUGGAGCAUUGUCAUUCCCACCAGGGCAUCCUAGGCUGCAUCCCAAAUGGUACCCUAUUCCCUUUGGGCUAUAGUCAAAAGUAGUGCACUAAAUAGGGGACGGGGGAGGGGCGCCAUUCUCUAGUCUAAAGUAGUGCACUAAAUAGGGGACAGGGCGCCGUUCGAGAGACCUAUUUCUUCAAGCCUUAUCUAGCCUCAGUCAUCUAACAUUUUAUACAUGAAUUCCUUUUUUUUCCUUUGCAUCGUGCUGAAACCCAUCCUGAAUGAACGGACUGUGUGUGUGAUGUUGUCGUAGUGUGUGUUGUGUGUGUUUUGAAUAAAUAAAUAAAAAAUAAAAACAUCAA